UGUCUCUAUUUUUUUUUUUUUCCUUAAUAAAAAAUUUAAUGUAUUGUUAAUUCUUAAUUAUAUAAUAAUCUUAAAAUAUAUCACCAUAGAUAUUGUAACACCGAAAUGAUUUGCAAAUUGAAAUUGUAUAUUAAAAGCUCCACCAAAGAUGUCACAAAGAUAUUUCUAAAAUAAUAAGGUUGAUAGAAGUUUUAAGUUUUGAUUUGAAUUUAAAAUGAAUAAAUACAAAAUUUUACUAUAUCAUUUUUUAUUUUUUAUAUUAUUGCUAUUGUAACAUAUAUGUUCAAAACUAGAUGCUUAAUUAAUUGAACUAACAAAACACACAUGAUCAAAAAUAAAAUAAAAAAACUACAUCACCUCGUCAAAUUCGUGGUCCACAAGAGCUGAAGUUAAGGCUGCCUCAAAAGCAAAGCAAAGCAAAGCAAAGCAAAGCAAAGCAAUUACACGUAGAUAACGAAACGUGUGUUGGACGCUGUCGUGUGUGAAUCUUUUCUCAAAAGCCAUAUAUAACCAAUUUCUCAGAGGCGGUCUUAACAGCCAACUAGCUUCUUGUUUUCUUUGUUUUUAUUUUUGUUUUUGUUUUUGUUUUUGUUUUCCUCCAACAAAUUAGAAGAAAACACCUAUCCCUGUUUGAUUUCUCUCACAAUCUACUUUAAUAAAACAACAAAGAAAGGAAGAGAUAUUCAUUAACUAUCCCUAUCUUGGGUCACGACACGUACGACAAAGAUGAUGUGUUUCAAAUUCAAAUCACCCUUCACAAGAACAGGUCGACGUGAAAAUAAACGUGCGGAUAGCUUGGCUAACAAGUUAAGCGUUAAUGAAGAGUAUAUGGAAGCCCAUAGAACAAAGUCUUAUGUAGAUAUGUUAACCAAAGUUCAGGGUCAGAUGGGAAGAAAAAGCCUCGAUAGACUAGCCUCCUCUUCAUCUUCCAAUCCUCUGCGUGUCCAUCUCUCUGAGUACCUGCUCGAGCCGCGCCAAGAAACCCUAACCAACAUGAUCGAAGGCUCCAAUCUUCAUCACCUCCUCAUUGAUUACUUUGAAGCCAGCUUCGAAGCGUGCAAUACCUGCGAACUACUCCUUCGCAGUGUCCACCAAGCACGUGCUAAUUAUCAGAUAAUCAAAAGGGUAAUCAAACUUACCAAAAGGACGAGUGAUUGCACUCAAUCCCAUGCUAUAUUUGAGGAGCUCACUUUGUUUGCAAGUCUUAAGAACCCGCUACUAAUAAUUAGCCCAACACGAUAUCGUGAUAUACACAAUAGCUAUGGCAUUUUGCUUCACAAAUUAACAAAGAAGUUAAGAAAGGUGAGGAGGAGAGCAAAGUUCAUUAGAUACUGUAAGAAGAUUCUAGGGUUUGGUCUUGUGGUUUCUUACGGUGCACUCUUGUUUGCAUUGCUUGUCCUCACGGUUCAUAGCAUGGUCGGCAUUUUUGCAGCUCCUGGGCUGGUUGUUUGUUCUUUAGGAUUAGUUAAGAAGAGCAAGUUGGUCACGAGAGGGCUCAAGAUGAGCUUGCUUGAAAGACUUGGAGCACAACUUGAAGUUGCAGCAAAAGGGGUUUUUAUACUGAUCAAUGACUUCGACACAAUGAGCCGACUUGUGAUGAGGUUACAAGAUGAGAUAGAACACAACAAAGCCAUUGCUGAUAUGUGUGUUACGAAUGGGAACAGUGAGGUUUUGAUGGAGGUUGUUAGAGAGUUUCGGAUCAAUCAAACGUGCUUUUUGGAACAGUUAGAAGAACUUGAGGAGCAUAUAUAUUUGUGUUUCCUCACAAUAAACAGAUCACGAACGCUAGUCAUGCAUGAAAUUAUGGAGCUCCAACGGGCACAUAGAUGAAAAAACAUGAUUGUAUCUUAAAAUAAAGAGGGCGAUCAUUGAUAAUACUCUUGUAAGUAGUCAUAUUUGGUUGGCUUUCAUAAACUUCUUAUGCGAAUUAAAUUCUUUUUGACAA